UUUUUCUGAAUACCCAUGAGUCUGUUGGCGGAGGAUAGUGCUAACCCUGGCUGAUCAUCCUGUGGCUUGCCUCUAUUUGUUGCAUGAUUCCCUCUGGAAGAUGGAACACAGCGGGAUUCUGGCUAGUCUGAUACUGAUUGCUGUUCUCCCCCAAGGGAGCCCCUUCAAGAUACAAGUGACCGAAUAUGAGGACAAAGUAUUUGUGACCUGCAAUACCAGCGUCAUGCAUCUAGAUGGAACGGUGGAAGGAUGGUUUGCAAAGAAUAAAACACUCAACUUGGGCAAAGGCGUUCUGGACCCACGAGGGAUAUAUCUGUGUAAUGGGACAGAGCAGCUGGCAAAGGUGGUGUCUUCUGUGCAAGUCCAUUACCGAAUGUGCCAGAACUGUGUGGAGCUAGACUCGGGCACCAUGGCUGGUGUCAUCUUCAUUGACCUCAUCGCAACUCUGCUCCUGGCUUUGGGCGUCUACUGCUUUGCAGGACAUGAGACCGGAAGGCCUUCUGGGGCUGCUGAGGUUCAAGCACUGCUGAAGAAUGAGCAGCUGUAUCAGCCUCUUCGAGAUCGUGAAGAUACCCAGUACAGCCGUCUUGGAGGGAACUGGCCCCGGAACAAGAAAUCUUAAGAUGGAGGUUUCUCAAAGUGCCAUAGCAACGGCGCCUUCCCCUGUGAUCAACCAAUAAAGACGUUUCCUUCCGUCGGCAGGCGCCUGUGUUUUCCAAAGCAUGGAUUGAGAGUUGUCUUAGCUUGGCUGAGUUCUGCCCACCCGUGGCCCCUCACUUCUGGCUUCCUCUCCUCAGACCCAGACAGGCAGUACGAGGGACAGCUUCCCAUCCUGGCCCCUUGGCAUUUCUAACCCUGUGGGUUUCCUGUGGGCAGGGUCAGCCCAGCCACUCUGCUUCAUUGCCUGUUGGUUCCAGUCCCUAUCAUAACAACUUCCGGGAUUUUGCUGCCUUACCACAGCCCAAAGCAGGCUGUGGUGUUUAGAAGCUGAGCCACAAAGAAGUUUCCAUGACAUCAUGAAUGGGGGUGGCAGAGAAGAAUAUUGGGGCUCAGAGGGUGUGUGUGUGUGUGUGUGUGUGUGUGUGAGUGAGAGAGAGAGAGAGAGAGAGAGAGAGAGAGAGAGAGAGAGACAGACAGAGAGACAGAGAGACAGAAAGACAGAAAGACAGAAAGACAGAGACAGAGCUGUCAAGAAUUUUCUUCUCACUUCGUGGGUUCUGGGGAUUGUACUAAGGUCAUGAGGCUUGUGUGGCAAGCACCCUUACCCACUGAGCCAUCUUGCCUGCCCUCAUCCUCAAAUUAAUUAAAAAUAAAGAACAUGAUGAAUUCC